CUACACGCGCCCGCUACGAUGUCUGAACUCGCCCCGCGCGCAAGACGCGACACAUGGAACGCCUCGAGAGCCGAGAGAGAAACAGACCGCCCAGGUAUUCCGCGCUCCAAACUCUUCAGAGGGCGUACGUUACAGACAGUCAUCAGUGUCGCUGUUCUCAUUUGAAUUAAAAAGCCGUUUAAACGAAACCUGAUCGAGUAGCUGUGGAUGAAUAAGUGAAAACUUACGACAACUGUGACAGAUAAAGCCAGAGUACAGGAUGGCUUCAAUUGGGGAAUUCGACCCUCUUCACUCCACCGUACCAGCAACUAAGAUUGAAGUUACUGUCUCUUGCAGAAAUCUACUGGACAUGGACACGUUCUCCAAAUCAGAUCCUGUGGUGGUGCUCUACGUCCAGGGCAUCGGGACCAAGGAGUGGAGAGAGUUUGGCAGAACGGAGGUGAUUGAUAACACCUUGAACCCAGACUUUGUCCGAAAGUUUGUUCUUGACUUCUUCUUUGAAGAGAAACAGAAUCUUCGCUUCGAUGUGUACAAUGUGGAUACAAGAAGUUCAAACCUCUCAAAACAUAAGGACUUCCUGGGUCAGACGUUCUGUACGCUGGGAGAGAUCAUCGGUUCAACUGGUGGGCGGUUCGAGAGGACUCUGUCUGGGAUUCCAGGCAAGAAGUGUGGCAACAUCAUAUUCGCCGCCGAGGAGCUCAGCAACUGCAGGGACAUUGCCACUAUGCAAUUUUGUGCUAACAAACUGGACAAGAAGGAUUUCUUUGGAAAGUCAGACCCAUUCCUGGUAUUUUACCGCAGCAAUGAAGAUGGCACGUUCACCAUCUGUCAUAAAACGGAGGUGAUCAAGAACACCCUGAACCCUGUGUGGCAGCAGUUUACCAUCCCUGUGCGUGCUCUCUGUAACGGAGACUAUGACAGGACUGUGAAAGUGGAUGUGUUCGACUGGGAUAGAGAUGGAAGUCACGACUUCAUUGGUGAGUUCACCACCAGCUACAGGGAGAUCUCCCGAGGACAGAGCCAGUUUAACGUGUACGAGGUUCUCAAUCCAAAGAAGAAAGGCAAAAAGAAGAAGUAUGUCAACUCUGGGACGGUGACCCUGCUGUCCUUUAAAGUCGAGUCGGAGUACACGUUUGUGGACUACAUCCGGGGAGGCACCCAGCUGAAUUUCACGGUUGCCAUUGAUUUCACUGCAUCCAAUGGUAACCCAUCGCAGCCCACCUCCCUACACUAUAUGAACCCGUACCAGAUGAACAUGUACGCCAUGGCGCUCAAAGCGGUGGGAGAGAUCAUCCAGGACUACGACAGCGACAAGCUCUUCCCAGCCUACGGCUUCGGGGCCAAGCUGCCUCCAGACGGCAAGAUCUCCCACGCCUUCCCCCUGAAUUCUAGCACCGAGGAUCCCAACUGCGUGGGCAUCGAGGGGGUACUGGAGGCAUACUUCCAAAGCCUGAGGACAGUUCAGCUCUACGGCCCCACCAACUUCGCGCCUGUCAUCAACCAGGUGGCAAGGCUGGCGGAGGAAGUGACGGACGGCUCACAGUACUUCGUACUGCUCAUGAUCACAGACGGGGUCAUAUCGGACAUGGUGCAGACCAAGGAGGCCGUGGUCAACGCUGCUUCUUUGCCCAUGUCUAUCAUCAUAGUAGGAGUGGGACCAGCUGAAUUUGAUGCAAUGGAGGAGCUGGAUGGAGAUGAAGUGAGGGUGUCCUCUAGGGGGCGAUAUGCAGAAAGAGACAUUGUGCAGUUUGUGCCAUUCCGGGACUACAUCGACCGGUCGGGAAACCAAGUGCUGAGCAUGGCACGACUGGCCAAGGACGUUCUGGCCGAGAUCCCUGACCAGCUGCUGUCCUUCAUGAAGAGCCGGGAUAUCGAGCCCCGCCCACCCUGCCCAACGCCAACACCAACAAUCAAGCCCUCAACAUGCGCAUCUGAGCGGAGACGGGGGUCCAGAGAGGAGGCGGUGGCUGUCCCUGGAACUUUAUUAAUGCUGCCAACCACUCCUGAAAUGAAGCGCAUCAAGUACAUCCACAUAAAGCAUUUUUAUCAACCUGAGCUAAUAUAAUAUGGGUGGGAGGAGUGGGCUAGUGUUAAUCCUUUGACUCAUCCAGAAAAAAAAACUCCAUAACACUCAACAAGUUAUUUCCCAACACUCUUCUCAACAGUCUUCAAUAACUCGACAGUCACCACUCUUCCUGAAAUCCUUCUCUGUCCUUCCUACCCAAGUGCUCACAACUUUAGCACAUCUUAUGGUGUGACCCACAUCAGCCAAGCAGAAAAUUAUGCCUGGCAAGCAAACUUUUCUAAUCAACAAGGCUUUCAGCCUUUGACUUAUUUCAUCUGACAAGAUCAUGGCGUAGUCUCCCAACAAGCGUGGAACAGACAACAGAAAAACAAGGAUUUAGCAAGGAGAGAGAUAAAGAGAAAAAAAGCAUUACAUUCUGUCACUCCCACACUUGAAUGCUCAAUCGACCCCUGAAUGCAUGCAGUGCAUUUGAAACCUCUCUGGGCUCUAUGCUUUAGCAGAGAAUGUUGCCAAUGGGUGCAGAGAGUGUUCCAAAGUGGCAUUAUAUGAGGACUGAACCCUGGCUGAACUUGUCAUGUAAACACUCUAAUGAAGCAGGCAUCUGCAGCAGGGGAUGGGAUCGGCACAAUGGAAUGAGAAUUACGGUCCGCCUAUUCUUAUCGGCGGUGGGAGCUUUGCUUGGUGUCUCCACGUCUGUCAAGGACAACUUGCUCUGAGAGUCAUUUUAAUGUUUCUUUCUACACGACUCACACAGAGAUGUUCACCAGCUGUCUCCUGCUAUAGUCAUAUCCGUCACAACAAUGGGUUUCCCGUGGCCCAGUAGCCACUGCUGUGCUGCAGACUUUGACUGACUGUAUAUUUCAAACCAAACAAAAGUCAAAGUGUGAAUCUGUCAGAAUAACGCUGGAAGUGUGGAAGAGUGGCCUUUGUGAAGCUCUUGUUGACUGCAUGCCACUAACCAACAUCUUUGUUUGUACUAUUUAAUUUUUGGGAAUAUGUGCAAAUAGUUGGAAAAGUUGAUUCACUUAUUUAUUGACCAAAAACUAGCUACGGUCAACAUUCCUGAUCAUCUAAAAAUUAUAUGUAUUUGUUCAGUGUCACUUGUUGCAAUAUACCAAACAUCAUGCGUUUAGUAUCCUAUAUGGCUGUUUACAUACUGAAAUGGCCAUUAUGAGCAGUUUUCAUUUAUUUGGGUAGUCUCAUGAGUUUUAGGUGUAACGUUUAUGUGUAAAAUAAGUUUCUACCUGAGAAGAUUCCGAAGAAUCCACUUAUCCUACAUUCAAAGUUGAGAGGACAGAAGCAACUUAGACAUGUCAGACGGUCUCUGUCAAAGGUGUUAUCACUUUAAUUUCUAUGUUCAUUGUAGUCACUUCCCCACCUACCCAGCGUGGCUCCAGCCCUGUGUGGAGAUGAAUAAUUCAUGGUCUGGCUCACAGCAGCAUAUCCGCACCCUCCUUUCAUAGUCCACAGAGUCUGCUGCACUUAUUUAGAAUAAGAAUGAUCCACCACAGCCACCUCAUGGCAACAAUCUGGGACAAAAGUACUCACAUGUUGUCCAGAGAGAGAGAAAGAGAGAGCAAAGGAGACAGGUGACGUUCCCAGGUCACCUCGACUCCCUUAUUGAGAGAGUCAGCAGGAUUGGCUCUUGAAAGCCCAGCUGUCAGCCCAUUAAAAACACAUUUCUAGGAGAGUUGCAAAACUGGUGUUUUUACUUUUGCAAAUGUAUGCAUAGUUAUUCUGAGGCUGCUCUGGCAUUUUUACUAUGUAUGUGGGUCUAACUGCUGUAAACUGUCAUACUUUGGUAUAAAUAUGCAUGAAAAGUUUCAUUAUUUGGGAUUUUUGUCUCUUUUUUUCCCUUCUUCUUAUGUAUGCUCCUACCACGACUGUGGUUGUUUUUCAGUGCAACGUUGUCAUUAUGAGGCGCCAGGUGUGACAAUGACACCUGAAUAACUUGAGGUUGAGUCAAAUGUAGCCGAAGGCCAAGUGGGCAAUCUGCGGCUUUUUGUACAGGACUCUUAAUUAAUAUGAAACUGACACAAUACAUGAUAAGCCCAGAGAGAGAAAGAGAGAAAAAAACAGUGGCAUUUCAAGCACUACAAUUGACAUGCAGGGUUUGAGUAUGUACUUCACAAAGAACUUAUGAAGCUAUUGGCCAGUUUUGUUUAGUUUUGUUUCAUUAAUUUGACCUCUGCCAGCAGUAUAUAUCACAAACCUACUUUAUCAGACAACAUAUUCUACCAUUAUGAUAAUACUUAUGUACAUGGUACACAGGUAUUUGUACUUAGAGCACAUUUUAUUACUGAGUGUUGGGAAUCAGUUGUAGCCAUGCCAUGCGCAUGAAGGGUUGAGUAAGGACGGAAUAUGAAUACAGUAUGUGGCCUUACUUCUUUGUCAAGUGUAUAUGAGAGUUCAGUUGAUAUACAUGUCAGGGCAGUUUGUUACACAAAUUAUGUUGUUAUGGUUUGAAUUUUAUUUUGCAUGGAAUUAAUGGGACCGUUUUAAUGAUCAUCAAAGAAGUAACUGUAUACCUUAAAGUGUAACUCUGGAGUAAAAACAAUCUUGGGUCUAUAUACGGUAGUUAACAACUUCAAACUUUUGAUUGAGAGCAAAAUGACAUUAAUUGGUGGCGUUUUGAGCAAGACCAUUUAUUUGCAUCAUCACUGAAUGGGUUGUUUUUAGUCCGGAAUUUGAAAUCAACUACCUGUAGAUAACUGUGAAUAUAGCUAGCAAACUGUGAAUGUUUUUUUUUUGUAUGAUGCUGUAUUGUGUUCAUGUUCUCUCUCCUGUUGCGUACAGUGUCCAUAAUAGAGAUACUGGUGUAGAAUCAGGCAAAGAGUAUGAUGUAGCUUGCUACCAAUAGAUGAUAUUUUCUAAACAUAUAGAACACACGUGUUUAUCAGUCUAGUGUCGCAAAUACAGCCGCAAUCUUUGUGUCUUUGAAAUUAUAAGAGUGCUAAUUUAGUACAACCGCAUGCACAUAAAUUGUUGGAGAGCAAGAUGAAACCUCAUUUAAAUCUUACGUAGUAUUUUUUACAUUGAGCAUGAUUUGUCAACUAUGUGUUCAGUGAGUAGAUUGUAGAGGUUAUUUCUCCUUAUCUAGCUUGACCAGACCCUAAUCCUUGCCCAAGUCUUUCAUUUUUUUUAGCAUACUCUUCCACUUGCACUGCUAUAUCAUCAGAAUACAGUACAAUUUUAGUUUGAAACCAAAAUUCCAUUGAAAAGGUCAACUGAAAAUGAACCUUUAGUUGAUUUAUUCCCCAAAACGGUUGCACACGCUGUAGGUCACACCACAGGGCAUUGUCAACCCCUUCAGUUUGCUUCUGAAGAGGCGGCUGCCAAAACUAAACUCUUACCACAGCCAGUACUUUUUCAUGGAUCUUCAAUCAGUCUCCUUAGGACUCCUUAUGAGCUUCGGUGGAAUACAAGAUCAGGACAAAAGAAAACAUGAAUUCACCAAGAAGCCUACAUGUCGUGUUUGGACAAUGUUCAAAUGCUCAACGCUUCUGUGCCACUGCCUGGUAAUAAAAAAAAAACUAUGAUGAAUGCUGGAAGUUUUUAUAUAGGCUAUAACUUUAAAAUAAAUAGGUCUAUAUUUCAUUCUGUUUGAAUGUCAAUGUUAUUGCACUGCAAAAUGGGACAAUAUUGAUUUGAAACUUCUGACAGGUUUCCCAAACUCAUUAGCCAACACUCACUGUAUGAAUGUGAAAACGUUUUGGCAAUAAUAAAGCACUUUGAAGUAAA